UCUAGGUGGAAACAAAGACGAGUUGAGCUCUCUGAGCUCCAUCAGAUGGAGACAGAGCAGCUCCCUCACCAAACUCCCCCUGCGAUCCGGAUGGGAUACCGAUGAAGAGAGGCCAUUCCAUAGCAUUCCCAGUGGUCAGGUGGACGCGGGGAUUUAUGGUGCUGAUGCUGUGCCGUGCAACUGCAAAGAAAUGUCUGUGGAUUAAUAAUGCACUUCUGAGUUAAAACAUCGCUGUCCAGUUUUUUCUCGCUUUCGAUUCAGAGAACAGCAGAUGGGACCGCUGAAUAGACCGGAGGGACCAAAUGCACAGUGGGUUACAAAUCAAUAGGCUGUCUUUUCCUCACAAAAUCAAGAAUUAAAACAGCAAUGGAUGCCAUGCCAGAGUAUUCCCUCUUCCUUGUGAGGAUUUUGGAGGAAUUGGAUACUAAGUAUAGCACUGUUUCAUACCAAGACCUUUGCAAGUCCCUGUGUGCCAGGUUUGACUUGGUCCAUUUGGCUAAGCUGAGGAGUCUGCUGUUCUACACAGCAUGCUUGGAUCCAGCUUUCCCCGCAACCUUAUUCAAAGACAAGAUGAGGUGCUCGGUGGAGGACCAACAGUCCAAGAAGCUCAUGGUGGCAGCAGACAUUGUCACCAUGUUUAAUCUCAUCCAGAUGAAUGGAGGUAUUGCCAAAGACAAGCUGCCAUUGGGUCGUAGACCCAAGUUUCACAAGAACCAGUCCUUUGAGUCCUGUCGAUCUGAAUCAGAUGUGUAUAAAUUCAAUGAUAAUGACAGGGGGUAUAACCUCAUGGACACCAGGGGUCAUCACGUCUCUCGGAAGUCACCCUGCACAAAAUCUGACUGCAAUAACUGCCAGCAGUUUAUACCAACUUCAGAACCCAACUUCCUCUUGGGGGUCACCAAGGAUCUGAAAUGUAGAGCAGCAUCGCUGGAUAAACUACAGCAUCUGCCACAGUACCCCAGCGUCAGUCCUCCUCCGUGCGAGAUGCAGAGCACUUACUUCCCCAUGGACAUAGACAGCGAGUCAACAACGGACCAGGAAUCUCUCCACACCAACCCAGGGAUCAAGGAUGUUUUCGUGUCCAGCAGAGAGCCUUUCACUGUGCACUCGUGCGUGCAAAAGCGGAAUAUCUUCAAAGAGGAUUUUCACAACCUUGUUGCCUUUUCACCCCAUGUGAUCACUACAGAGUGCAGAGUGAAUCCCAAAGCUCGGGGUGAGUACCACCACAGGAGGGAGCUGAGCAAGCCUCCCACUUUCUUCAAUCACAGUUUCGAGCUGCCAUACAGCAACCCUUACUUUGAACCUGUCAGCUCACCCAUUCAAAACAAAUCACGGGUGAAGCAUGAGAGCCUAGAUGACUUGCAAGCGUCCACUUACUUUGGACCUACAACGGUCUCUGAGUGCGUGAGCAACAGGAGGACUUCGAGCAAGCAUGGAAAACAGCCAGUCUGGCCUGUCAAGAGCUUGAGUCUCAAUACCGAAGAAGGUCCUGACUUUGAGAGGUCAUUUUUAAAUGGCAAAGUGGUAAAAGACAAUCACCGUCAUAACAUCAGCACCAUGGAAAACGAUCAGCACUUUCAGUGUGCAAAGGACAAACCCACUACCUCUCCCUCAGGAUUCCCCAAGAAGUCCAAUGGAAUCAAGACAAAAGAGAUGUCUUCUGUGGCUUGUGGACCCAGUGUUGAGAAAAGAGAGGUUGGGAAAAGGUACAAGGAAAAGAGUGUCAACUGUCCAUCAUUUCAGUCGAGCAAUGUGGACAAUGGCAUGAGUGUUGGGACCCAGACGGAACAACCCGAAGGUAGGAAAGCGAAAGAUUACACUGGUCACAACAAAUAUGGAGAGAGGCCACCCUUCAAACACUCAGAUGAAGACUCUGAGAUUGUCAGUGAUGAUAUCAGUGACAUCUUUCGCUUUCUGGAUGACAUGAGCGUUUGCGGCUCUCUUGGAGUUGUGCAGUCAUCAUGCUACAACAGCAACGGUUCACUGUCUCAGGUGACGAAAUCAGACGGGGACAGCUCACCUGAUCGUAACACUGUCAAGCUGGGCAAAACCGGGAUCAAGCUCGACCGCCUCUUCCAGUCACUGGAGAACUCGGAUGAUGAGCUCAAAGAUAGUGUCUGCAAACUGGUACUCAGGAUUGGCGAGAUUGAGAAGAAGCUCGAGUCUCUUUCAGGGGUACGAGGGGAGAUCUCUCAGGUCCUCUCGAAGCUUACUAGACUGGAUGAGAAGAUUCAAGAACCAGAGGCUUAUGGGAAAUCAAGUGAUAAUGGUCUCGUGGAACAGAUUAAGACCGACGUGAACCUCUCACCUCACGUUUUCCAGUGUCACACCACUGGACACAACAUGAAGGUGGAAAAAAGUCCAGAAUGGUGCAGCUCGGAGGCUGAUGAAAGUGAAAGCCUGAGAGUUAAAGCUUUUAAGAAGAGCAUGUUCACACGCAGGUCAUCCAGGUCACUUAACGAGGAGAACAGCGCCACUGAAUCCAAAGUGGCCAGCAUCACCAACUCACCUCGAGACUGGAGGACUGUUUCUUACUCUGGGCACACAGGGGAAGAAGGGAAAGAAAGAGACCGGCAUAGUGAAGGCAAGGACAGACAUAGGAAACCCAGAGAGACAGAUCGUCAGUAUGAUGCCAACCAGGCCCACCGCUCCUCAAAGCUGCCCAAGGACUCCUACCUGGUGGAGCAGGUGUUCAGCCCUCACCACUUCCCUCCCGCCGUCAAGUCUCAUGUGAAGGGCAGCCCUCUCUACACGGACCUGCGGCUGACUGGCCUCACCGACGGCAAGCGCUCCAAGCCCUCCUGGACCAUCGAAGAGUACAAACGCAACUCAGGAGACAAGAACAAGCUCAGCGCUCUGGACCUGCAGGUCCAGGAGUCGCUCAACCCUAACAAUCUGGAGUACUGGAUGGAGGACAUCUACACGCCGGGCUACGAUUCGCUGCUCAAACGCAAGGAGGCGGAGUUUCGCAGAGCCAAGGCAUGUAAAAUCGGCGCGUUGAUCGCUGCGGCCGCCUGCACUGUGAUACUUGUCAUCGUAGUGCCCAUCUGCACCAUGAAGUCUUGAGGUUUCUCUUUGUUUUCUGUCAGAUGGUGUUCAUUUCACUUGGACAAACACGGGACUUCAUUUGCGGGGAUUGUAAUUAGGUCUGAUUUCUGCCACUGGCCUUAGACUUUCCUGGAAUGUCAAUCAAAAUAUAUCACAACAAAGAGAUAAAGGAUUGCAAUUUGAUGUGUCUUUUUUAUUUACCCUAGUCAAUAUUUAUAACUUGACUGAAUAAUUUGUUAUGUAGUAGAUGGCCUUAAUUAAAGGCUUGGAAAUGCACCCUUGUUUUAUAGUCCAGAAUAUAAUGCACCAAUAUGUUUUAUGUCUGUUUCUUUUUCUGGUAUUGCAAUAGAAACUAAAAGGAAAGCUUUAUGUUUAAGCGUGUUCUAUUUUUUACUUCACUAUAAGUAUGAAAAUUUUAACGAGAGUUAUUUUUUGAUGAAUACGCUGACAGAAUGUUUUAAAGACGAGUUGGAUUUAUCUUUGGAAAUCACUGAAAUGUUUGGGCUCGUGCAAUGCCUUUUUAUAAGGAAUAUAUAUUCAGAUCGCGCAAGUGUGUGCGUUCAGUGAGAACUUAAAGGAAUAGUUCAGCCAAAAAUGAAAGUCUGUCAUUGUUUAUUCACCCUUGUGCCGUAUCUAAGCUUUUCCGUGCUUUUCCAUGGAUUUUUUUGUGGUUUUAAUGACCAUCUUCUUAAAAU